CAGCGCGACUAUUGUAACUGUUUUUCUCACAGGCGAGAUUGAGGCGGCACCGAGCUUUACUUGUUAAGUGUUUUUAUAUUUUAGGCUUAAUUGCGUGUGGGAAAGAGCACUAUGACGGAUUUUAAUGCAUCCGGAGUCAUGCUGCCUUUGGAUGACUACUACAAACAGUGCGUAGUGCCAAAACCCAAAAUACCGCCCCGAUACUCAAGUAAUGGCGUCUCCAAGGGCGGUAAACGACAGGCGGGGCACUUGCGCUCCUACAUGAAUCUGGAUCAAAGUGGCGACGACUACUUUGAAGAUAAAGAUUUCCAGGGACCCAUUUGUCAAGAAAAUGGCGCCAAUGAGAUCGAUACUAAUGUCGAGCAAAUGAAGUUUGAAAUAAAUGACUUUGAUAAGAUGUACUGGGAGCAGGACUCCCACAGCUCGGAGGCCUCACAAAGCUGCGCAUUGGGGCGUGUGUAUGGUAACAACGUCAAUCGGCCAUCAGAAGCAGAUCCACUAUCGCCCAAUCACCAGGCACGUGGUCACGUUAAGUCGCGACUUGAUCUGAGAGAUGGCUCUCGACUCCAUAAUAAUAUAAACCAAAUGCGCAACCAUCAGUACAAUCACCAUAAUCGCCACAAAUUCCAUCGUCGUCAGCACCAAGCUCAGAGCUCCAAGGAGCAGAGCCUACGCACCGCCUACAAUGCCUUAAGCAGUCAAACAAACCAUGCCAAUCAACAAACUGACAUACUAAUGAAUAUAAACAAUCACUUCCAGUAUACCCACCAGGCACCCAGUGAUCUGCGUGGCAGGACCAUCAACAUUUGUCCUGACACCUACGACUGGAGCGCCUCCAGCUCUAUCGGCUCUUUAAUCGAAUCGGUGUCCCUUAUGCCGGAUAAUCGUGUCAAGAACGGUUUGCCAUGUGAAACCAUCACGCGUUACACGGAUAUCUCAAAGGAUAUAUUAGCUGGAGAAACGCAGGAUAUUCAUAAGCCGCAGACUGGUCUGGACUCCGCCUCAGUUGAUUCUGAGAGCAUGAAAGUCAGUAAAAUGGCCCAUAACGUAAUGCUCUUACUAAAGAGCGUUGCCCAGCAAAACAACCAGGGAGACUCCUGUGACUCUUUCAAGAACUUCGACUGGAUAAACGAGCCGGUUCAGGAAUUUCAAAGUGUCGCAUUUCCUAAACUUAAUGGAAGGGACGUACAGCAGCGUUUUAACUAGACAACCGACACCAAGUUAUACUUAAAGGACAUAUCGAAAUAAGUUAUUCUUAAGUAGCAAGCAGCUCAUGUUUAAAUUUAAAUUCGUCGGAUUGGCGGGCACUUUCUGUGCGAAUUGUAAGUCGACGCAGGCAAGAAGAAGACUAUUUCGACGGGGGCCUGUGAAUGCCAGGGGUGAAUAGUCGCCGUCUGCUUUUUUUUAUAUAGAACACAUAUUUCGGCUGAUAAGAAAAGGCUUCGCCCCUUAUCAGUAAUGCACAACAAGAAGUACACACGGACGAACGAGAUGUGAGAAGCGAAAGCGGACGAAAAUAGAAACAAACGGCGAUAAAUUUACAGCGAAGGCGAUUUUAUAUACAUAACCGAUGUGCCGGAGAGUAAUAAUCAGUUAAUCUGCCAAGCCGCCAGAGAGCGGACGUGAAAAUGAUCAUCGGGAUCGGAUAGCGGGAUAGUUAGUAGUGAUCGUAACCACGGAUAGUGCUAAACACUACCUUCAACCUAUGUUUUGUGCCUUGUCGAACGUAAAACGGACACUUAUGUAGAUAUUUCGUAGUUUGGGCAAAUGCAGUGAGAAAUGGCCAACUGAAGAAAGAGCCAUCGAUUCUUUUCAUUUAGUUCUUUGUAAAACAUAUUUUUUUUCUAAACGAUUUUCUCAGAGAUUACAAAAUAAACUUAACGCAGUACUCUAAA